UUCUAUUCUAUUCUAUUCUAUUCUAUUCUAUUCUAUUCUAUUCUAUUCUAUUCUAUUCUAUUCUAUGCUUUUGGAGAGAUUGGUCCUUGAGGGAUUAGCUAUCUAAUUGGGAUGUUCUGUGGCCAUUUAAUAAUCAUGGUCCUUCUGGAUGCCAAAUAAAAUAAAAUUUUAACCUUUGAAAUUUAAUGGUGUUUGGGGUUUGUAAAUUACUUAAAUAAUAACCUUUUUGAAGUAGAUUUUUUAGCCAGAAAAAACAGGACAGUUGUGUGUGGGUGUCUAUCUGUAACCUUUUCAUGGGUUCACACAUAACAAAUAUAAUUCAGUAAAUUCAGCUUUAUUAACAGACAACAUUAGAUAAUGAGAUCUAUCAUCAUAAGAAGAAUAAUAAAAACACCUUGAUGCAAAGAGAUGGCAGUGAGCUCAGAUUUUCUUAGGUGUUAGCAAGAAUUUGACACAAUAUGAGUUCUCUUUUGUUGUUUCCAAAUGUUAACACACAUCUGUCCAAUUUGGAAACACACACACAAAUGUUACUUUCCCAGCUUAUUUGUGCGACUGUCAAACUUCAUACAUUUUCAUACAUUUCCCUAAGCCUCUAUUACAAUUUCAAAAUUAUGUGAAAUGUUUAAAUUGUAUUUUCUAACUGUUUUAUAUUCUGCAGGAAACACUGUGGGUACAUCAAACCAAAGAGUAGUUUAUAGGUUGAUGGUAUCAGAUUCAGUCCGUCCAGAGGAUAGUGUGACUCUACAGUGUUCGGUCCUCUCGGACUUUGAGGACAAGACAUGUUCAGGAGAUCUCAGUGUGUUCUGGUUCAGAUCAGAUAAGUCUCAUCCACAUAUCUUCUUGACUGAUGGAAACAGACCUGACAAAUGUAAGAAGAAUAUUGACCAUCAGAAUAGAUGUGUAUAUAACUUCUCUAAGAACAUCAGCUCCUCUGCUGCCGGGACUUACUACUGUGCUGUGGCCACAUGUGGAGAGAUAUUAUUUGGAAAUGGUACAAAGUUCAAAGCUGAGCCAACGGCAGAUCCUGUACUAGUUAUACUUGUAUCCUGCUUGGUUAUUUCUCUGAUUAUAAAUAUUGUUUUCUUCUGUUACCGAACUCCAAGAGCAGCAUGUAAACAAUUUAAAGAAGGUACCUCUUCACAAGAUAGACGGAGAGACUUGAGUCAGCAAGGUGAUGACACAAAUGAAGAUGAGCAAGAUCUGAAUUAUGCAGCAUUACGCUUCUCUGCGGGUAAAGCUACAAGACAAACAAAUAGAAAUGAGCCUGGGGACAGUGUGUAUUCCCAUAUUAAACUCUGAAAUCUGUACAUACUGUAUGUGUAGGAUGUUUUAAAGAUUUGACCACUGAAAAUGAGUUAAUAUUAUUUUGUUUUACUUUUUGAAUCGACGCUGAAAGACUAGGUUUGUUUUGUUACCUUUUGUAAAAACAUUUAUUAUAAGAAUUUUGCAUCAAGAAACUAUUAUAACAAGUAGUGCUGAUACAUUUUACCCCUGCAAUCUGGCAUUUGUUUCAUUUAGUUUGUUCAUGGUUCUUUAAUUUUAUCAUCGUUUGUGUUUAUACUCUUUUGCUGAAGUUUUUAUUCUAACUCUUAUAGCCUUAAACAGACAAUCCCCUUUUAAUGUAUCAGAUCUACAGCAGGUUCACAGACAUGGAACUAGGGUCAUCAAAAGAGGAGCAGGCUGUAAUCAAUUUAAAAACCAGAGACUUACUUUUCCAAGUAGUUACAACCAAAUAAUGGAAUACUCUGCCUUUGCUCUUUAAACAGACAGCUAAAUAAGAGCAUCAUUUGGGCUAACAAGUGGUAAUUUUCAUAAUUAUAUAUUUUAUGUGUUCUGUUUUUUAUAAAGUGCCAACGUCUUUUGUGCCUGUCUAAUGCUUUUACUCCAUAAAGCACUUUUAUCUGUAAAAAGAAAAAGCAGAACAAAUGAAUUAGCUUGUUUUCCUUUUUCUAUUCACUUUCCAUAGUUACUAAAGAGUACUUUUGUCUGUUACUGCUCACUGAUCCUCGCAUGUUUAAGAUGGAGCAAUAAAUUCAAGGGAUGAUCAUUAUAUUUGAUAUAAUAGAUCUCUUAACAAAUUGACAAUAUAUCAAUAUUUCAAUGUAUUACUCUACUGCAGACAUGGUUGACUCCA